AAAAGAUCUGCCAAACGACAAACAGAAACUGGCGAGCAAGACAAGGGAAUGAGCCAUGUUAACACUGGUACUAUUCUCAGGUUUCGUUGCCCUCGCAUUGUGUGACCUUCAGUAUGUGUUUGUGAAUCAAUCCAAGACUUGGGCAGAAGCUCAGAGAUACUGUAGAGAUAAAUACACUGAUCUGGCCACCAUUGAAAAUGAACAACAGACGAUCCAGUUAUUGGACAAAGUGAAUGAUGAUUCCACUGAUUUGGCCUGGAUUGGACUCUACGAUGAUCUGAACAGCUGGAAAUGGACUCUGGAGGACAGCGAUUUCUUCAAGGCAGGAGAGAAAGACUUCAGAAACUGGUAUAAUCCAGAUCCAUACAGUUAUGGGGCACAAAGCAUCUGUGUGUUUAUGACCAAGGGGAUAUGGUAUACAACAGUUUGCUCCAGUACAUUGUAUCCUACUGUCUGCUAUGACGGAAGAGAAAAUGCCAGUACAACAUAUGUUUUCAAUUACCAGUAUAAAAACUGGACUGAAGCUCAGAGUUACUGCCGGGAACACCACACAGACCUCAUCAGUAUCAGGAAUGAGACUGAAAACCAGAAGAUCGAGUAUUUUUUAAGUAGUUUUUAUAAUUAUGCUGUUUGGAUUGGUCUGUACAAAACAAGAUCUUGGUCAGACCAGAGCAACUCUUCAUUUAGUUACUGGAGCUCGGGGCAACCAGAUCGUUCAGCAUCCUGUGCCGUGGUCUCAUUUAGUGACUCUUGGAAAUGGGCUGAUGAAAACUGCAAUUAUGCAUUUCCUUUUAUUUGCUACAAUGUAUUGGGAUCAUCUCGUCAGUAUUACCUCGUGAAUCAGUCUUUGAGAUGGACUGAAGCUCAGAGAUUCUGCAGACAGAAUUACACUGAUCUGGCCACCAUUGAUAACAUGGAGGAAAUGAACAGGCUAAUUAACACAGUCAAUGGCAGUUACAGUGGUUCAGCCUGGAUUGGUCAGUAUGAUGAUGUGAACAGCUGGAGAUGGUCACUGGAAGACAAUGAUUUCUAUCAGCAAGGAGAAAGAGAUUACAGGAACUUUUUUCAUGAACCUGACAACAUGGAUGGGAAUAAUCUGUGUGUUUACAUGAAUUCUAAUGGAAAAUGGUAUGACUUGUCAUGUGAUUACGAACUGCAAUUUGUUUGCUAUGAUGGAAGAGAGAAUGCUUCACAGAGAUACAUGACUAUCUCCUAUUCUAAAAACUGGACUGAGGCUCGUAGAUACUGCAGAGAUUAUUACACAGAUCUAGUGAAUGUAAGAAAUCAGACUGAAAACCAGAAGAUUUUUGAAAGAACAGGUGGAGGAGUCUGGAUCGGACUGUACAGAAACAGAAUUUGGUCAAACAAUCAGAAUAGCACUUAUCAAAACUGGAGGCCACAAAUAUCUGGGUUACAGGCACAACCAGACAAUGGUUUUAAUCAAGGUAAUGAAUAUGGAUAUCAGCAUUGCACUGCAGUAUCAUUUGGAUAUUCAGGACGAUGGACAGAUGAGGUCUGUGUAUCCAAAAUGCCUUUCUUCUGCUACAGCAGAACCUGUACACAAUAUUCAUGCACUCGUCAGUAUCACUUUGUAUCUGAGUCUAAAACCUGGACUGAAGCUCAGAGAUUCUGCAGACAGAAUUACACUGAUCUGGCCACCAUUGAUAACAUGGAGGAAAUGAAGAGGCUCAUUAAAACAGUUCGUGUGACUUACUAUGGCAAAGCUUGGAUUGGUCUGUAUGAUGAUCUGGACAGCUGGAGAUGGUCUCUGAAUGAUACAGCUUUGCAGGGAGGAUUUAAAAGCUGGUAUGUCCAGCAACCUGUUAACUCAGGUGGAAAGAGUCUGUGUGUGUACAUGUCUUAUAGCCAGGGUGUAUGGAGUGAAGCCACUUGCUCAUGGACACUUCCCUUUAUUUGCUAUGAUGGAAGAGUGAACGCUAGUACAAGUUAUGUGUUUGUUUACCAGUCUAAAAACUGGACUGAAGCUCAGAGCUACUGCAGAGAACAUCACACAGACAUUGUCAGUAUCAGGAAUGAGACUGAGAACUACAUCAUUCAGACAUUACUUUCAAAUUCUUACACUGUUUGGAUUGGACUGUACAGAAGCAGGUCUUGGUCAGAUCAGAGCAACUCUUCAUUCAGUAACUGGAGGUCAGGGCAGCCAGAUAAUGCUGGAAACAGUGAAUACUGCACUGCAGUGUCAUUUCGUGAUUCUGGGAACUGGACAGAUGAAAACUGCAAUACUGCCUUUCCUUUCAUUUGCUACAGUGCAAUAACAUCAUUCCGUCAGUAUCACUUUGUGAAUCAGUCUAAGAGCUGGACUGAAGCUCAGAGAUUCUGCAGACAGAAUUACACUGAUCUGGCCACCAUUGAUAACAUGGAGGAAAUGAACAGGCUGAUUAACACCGUCAAUAGCAGCUACAAUGGUUCAGCCUGGAUUGGUCAGUAUGAUGAUGUGAACAGCUGGAGAUGGUCACUGGAAGACAAUGAUUUCUAUCAGGAAGGAGAAAGAGAUUACAGGAACUUUUUACAUGAACCAGACAACAAUGGUGGUAAAGAACUGUGUGCUUACAUGGAUCCUAAUGGAAACUGGUAUGACACAUCAUGCGAGAAUUAUCACACACCUGUCUGCUAUGAUGGUAGAGAAAAUGCCACUCAGAAGUAUAUUUUGGUAAAUACCGGUAUGCCGUGGACUGAAGCUCAAAGCUACUGCAGACAGAGAUACACAGACCUGGCCAGUGUGAGGAAUGAGACAGAGUGGCAACAGAUACUGAACAUUACACGUUAUAGUUAUUAUGGUUAUUAUUCUGGGUAUAACGUGUGGAUUGGUCUGUACAGAAACAGACUGUGGUCAGAUCAGAGCAGCUCCUCCUUUACAUAUUGGCUGCCACAGAUUCAGGGUGAUGGUGCACAACCAGAUAAUGGUGCACAUGUCGCAGGAGAACAGGGGGCUCAACACUGUACAACUGUGUCUUUAAAAUACUUUGGUCAGUGGACAGAUGAGAGAUGUUUUGCCACUUUGCCAUUCUUCUGUUACAGCGGUGAGAAAAUAAACCUUUUAUUAAUAAAUAAAAUAAUAAACAUCAUGUUAUUACACAGAAAAGCUUAA